CCUAUGUAAAAACUAAUGUAACAGUAGCCUAAUAAUUCAUUAAUUUUAAAGUAAAACCUGCUAUUUAAAACAAAUUUAAAAAAACGAACACCAUCAAUUUAAAAGCAAUAGAUAAGUAAAUCAAGAAAUAAAUAUAUAAAGCGAGUUAAUUAGUAAUUAUUCGUGGCCAGUGGCAUGUUUUAGGGCGCCUCCCUCCUUUUUCUUUGUGCUUCAGACUGCCUCUGCUAGCCUCGUCUCCAAGCAGACGGGAGCGUUUUAUUUUGAAAGGUAAAGGAGGAAGUUGUUUACGCCGCUGUUUUUGUUUUGACAGUUGCAUUGAAAAGAGGAGCCGCGCUCAGACCCAACACCAGACGGACCACAGCGCAGACAGCACAUCACACCGGGGUUUUUCUGUUUGGAUGAAUUAACUGACAUUUAAACACGAUCCAUCCCAGGAACUCCUGACAUGGAAUGACGCCUUGGUUUUCCACGUCGACUGGACUCUACUUCCAUGUUUUGAGCAAAUCCUCGGCUGGAUCUUCUGGAACAUUAAGUUCUCUCGGAUGUCCACCUUUUUUCCACCACAACGUCCUCAGACAUCGUCAACACGGAUCGUCACAUUCACCAAGCUCCUGCUGAGAUGGCCCGAGCAGAGACCGUCGGAGAAAACGGCGGAGGAGGAAAUGGCCCACUUCCUUGUCACAACACCUGCCGUUUGGAGCUACCCCAAAACUUUCACACCUGGCCAGGCCAGCUCACCACCAGGACCCCCAGAAGUGGGACCAGCAUCAGUGCCCCCCAUCUCCAAAACAGCCCCCACCAUACGGAACCACUGAGGGUCCUCUGUCUGUCAAAUCUGCUGCAUAACCCCCACCCAGAAGGCCAAGGUGAGGCCCACACUCACCAGCAGUCACCUGCAUUAUCAUCAUCUUUGAUACCCUCUCAUCGUCUGGUCAAGGACGAAAGUAGUCGGAGAACAGUUUCACCCAGUGAUUUAUCAGGAGAACAACCAGAUUCUAAUUCGGCAGAGCACCAGGACACCUCCAGUCAGCAGGGUCCUCUGCCUGACCUGCUUCCCCAGAAUGAACACUCAUCCCGGUCUUCGCCGCCCCACCACCUAAGCCUCGAAGGAGAGGUGGAGCAGCAGCUGGAUGUGAGGAGGGUGGCCAGCCAGCUGAGGAUGAUUGGAGAUGAAUUCAGCGCCACAAUCCUCCACAGAGCGCACGUCGCUCCCCAGUGGCAGGACUGGAGAGACGUCUGCAGGGGACUUCUAAACUUUAUCGCCCAAACGCUCAGCACUCUCUACAGGCUCAUGUAGACCUCGCUCUGGACCUUUUUCUAUAAUCUGGGCCUGAUGUACUGUUGCUAAUGGGUCAUGAGAACUGGACCCUUUCUGUCAGUCAGUGUGCUGGUUCAGACUGCAGCUGAUGGAUGGACAUUCUGUUUAUUUUGUAAUAUAUAUAUAUUUUUGUUUUCGUCCUGUCUUGGGGGGUGGGCUCUUUGUGUAGCAGGUGUGGGUCUGUGCGUGGAUUCGUAAAAGACUUGGGUCAAACCUUGGUUUGUGUGAUGCUGAGAACAUUCAGCUGUGAAAUCAGCCUUCAGAGGCAUUAGCUUUUUCCCUUUAACUACAACUAAAAGCUCCUCUCAUCUGCCACAGACCUGAUUUGACCCUCGUCUGAUGUGAAAGUCGUGUUUUUUACUCUGCAACCCAUGUCCCUGUUCUCUUUUCAAAACUGUGAAAUUUGGACGUUGAGGUUGCAUUUGCAGGGAAUUUUUUGGGUGCAAAUCCACAAUCGAGCAAAGCACAGAUUGAAGGAGCCUUUCCGCUGUCGUGGAACUGCAUCGCUCCACCACUUAAAUGUGCCUUUCUGCCUGAGGCUUCGCCUCCAACAUGGCGACAAUCAGCAGGGCACACAUUCGCUCAGAGUGCUUUGUUUUGCAGCCACUAAACCCGAGAACGAUUUGCAUUAAAUUCAAAUGUGGAAAAGCUUAUUUUUUCCCUCAGUUCAGACUGGUAGGUUGUUUACAGUGUUCACAGUUCCUCAAUUGUCUGUAAAGUCUUUUUGAACAUGAAUUUAAGUUAUCCAGGAAAUUGAUGGACUUAUGUACCUAUGUGAAAAUGUUUUGCUUCCUUUUUAUUCCCGAGCGAUCCUUGGUAACAGUUGGAAUUUAAAUCCAGUGGAUUUGAGAAAGUAUUCAAUAAGAAGGCAGGAAUAAAAAUUAGAUUUCUUGAAAAAUGAUGCCCUUUUUUCUACUGUGCGAUGGUUUUGAUUUAAGUUGAAGAGAAACUGUUAACUACUCAUAAGAAGAGCGUAAUUUAUUUUAGAAAAAUCUUAUACAGUUUUUUUUGUUUCUUGUUUUCAAUGAUGAUGUAUUUAUUUUUCUAAGCUGGCUUAAGCUGUACUUGAGUCAUAACUGAUGAAAGAGAUGCUGUCACACACACCAAAGCAGGAAGAAAAAUCACUCCAGUUUUAAAAUUAGUUGCAUGAAAAAAAUCUUAAUUAAAAAGGGUAUUGAUCACCUUGCAGCUCAGAACAAAAGGGACGGGAUGUUCCAGCUUUGAUGUGUGCAGCAGAUACAACAGAAAUGUACUGAAAUUCUCAAAGCCAAAUAGAAAUGAAGUAGAAAUCAGACGUCAUAGACUCAUAGCUUAAAAGUGACUGAAAAAUCAGGUUUCCUGUAAAUUGGACUUGCCGGUACUGAACAGGUUAAAAGGUUUAAUGUAUGUACUUUUCCCUGUACUUUGGGUUCACAUGCCAGACAGAUUCAUGACACCCGUCUUUCACUCUCAGUCAUUUGCUGGAUCUUUUAAACUUUUCCUGUAAAAAGUUAUGAUGGACCAAGCCGGGUCGGACCAGUUCGCAGUGGCUCUUUUCCUGAAUUUCCUCAUGAGAGAGCACUUCUUGGUUUGAUGCUGUUUCAAAACAGCGGAGCUACAAGUCACUCAUGUGCACAAGUGUGUAUUUUGCCGUUCUUCAGAUUUUUUUCUAUUGUAAAAUUUGUACAUGCAUUUUGUACUUUUUCUUUUUAUACAGUAAAUAUAAGAAUCGAAAAAAA